AACUAAGUCUGAGUCUGGCGACAGAAAAAGAAGAAAAUAAACUUCUUCAGGAACAGUUAUCAGCCAUAGAGAAAUCAUCAAAAGAAAAAAUCCAAAAUCUACAGGAAGAGGUGGAGAAAAGUGCAGACAAACUAAAGAAGAAACAGGAAAGUUACUUACAGUUACAUGCAGAAAAAGAAAGUGUGUUUACCGAGUUGAGUAAAAAGUUAGAGGACGUUCAGGGUGGUCGUGACAGGGACCAGAAAUAUUACACAGACCAGAUCAGUAAAUUACAGCAGGAGUUAGAGAAGGGCAAGAAGUCUUACCAAGAGCUAGAAGACCAAGCCAGUAAACAGAAAACUCAGUCAGAACAAACCAUAAACUCACUACAACAACAGGUCAGUGCUGCUAACAUUGUUGAAAACCAACAUGUGAAGGAACAGACAGAGAAAUUACACCAACAGAUAUCACAACUCAAACAACAACUGCUGGGACUGACACAGGCCCAGGAUGAUCUCAAAGUACAGCUACAGGUGAGAAAGAGAGAGAGAGAGAGAGAGAGAGAGAUUAGA